CUCCUCCAUCCAGCCUGACAUGCACCCCAUGGUCGACAGAUCUGUCUGCACGACUGAAACCAGGACAGACAACAGUGUUUUAAAUGUAUAUAUGUGUACUGAAGUUAAUGCAAGCUUUGAACAAAAGUGCGACACAGCCAUGUCGGCCAUUAUUCACCACCAAUAUGAAGUUGAUUAAUUAUUUCAGUGAUACUCGUUUGUGUUUUAUGAUAGCAUUAGCAGUAUGCUAACAACAUCAACAUCGUCAUAAGAGCCAGUCGGGUUAUGUGACGUAGUUCAAGGAUAAGGGACUUAUACAGAGGAAAGUAUUUUAAAAAUCAGUGCCGAAACAAGACAAAUGUUAUAAACUGGGACAAUAGUAUUCAGUCUCACCUUUGAGAAAAUCCUGACCAGUGGUGCAGCCAUGACUUCUUACGAAAUGUGAUGUGAUGCUGCUUUCAAGUGCCUCAUAUGACAAUCGGACACUCAACUUGUAUGGUCAAAGCGUGAUUGCGAAAACUGUACUGUAAGUACAGCACAAUCAACCAAUCAGGAUGCCCUUUAAUAGGUUUAAACAAAAAAAAUAUGGGAGUGCUUUACUGUGUGUGGAAGAAAGGCAUGCUAAUUUUGAAUAUAUGAUUUGUUUUACUGAAUUAAAGACCGUGUCAUAGCUACAGUGAAUACAUGAAUGGGACAAAAUCCGGCUUCGUGGGAACCCGGAUAAAACAAAACAUUCUAAAAGUACACGAAGGCAGCAGAUGCGUUUCCGGGGACAAGGAUUACUGACGUAUCAGCAAAAACGGAAGCUUUCACCUGUUAACAAUCCAGGGCCCACUUUCCCCCUUUUUUCUGUUUAGCGAUAAUGUUACUUUGACGCUGAAAGGUUGGAUACGAGCUGCGCGACGGAUAGCGUUAGAUAAUCGUUUUGAAUAAUUAUGAAAAGUACGAUAAAGGGUCGAGCUAGCUCAGCUGGGCAAUGUUAGCAUAGUUGUUGCUAUGAGCUAACAAUCAACAUAGGCUACUAACGUCCUUUCACUUACCUACUGAAGGAUAUCAGCAGUACAAGUUGCUGAGCGUUACACCAUUCCUCUGGGAUAAUUCCAGGUUCAACACAGAAGGAGGAUGGAAGAGAUAAAAACCGAGCCUGUGGAUUUUGUUAAGGAAUUUCAAGAAUACCUGACACAACAAACUCAGCAUGUCAACAUGAUCUCAGGCUCUGUUUGUGGUGAAAAGGAGUCAGGGCAGCCCUUUCAAGCCGUUGCCCCCAGGAGUGAGCAGAACGGUCUGGAUCCUCCCUCGGUGGAGGUGAGCCUACCUGUCGAGGAUGGGCCAGAAGUUCAGAUAGACGGCCUAGAAAGGACCAUCGAUGGGAAAUACAAGUGUAGCUACUGCAGCUAUGCAAACAAAGGCAUGGCUCGUUUAAUAGAGCACACCCGCAUCCACACAGGAGAAAAGCCUCAUCGCUGCCAGCUGUGCCCGUUUGCUUCAGCGUACGAGCGCCACUUGGAAGCCCACAUGCGCUCGCACACAGGAGAGAAGCCGUACAAAUGUGACCUCUGCGCCUUCUGCUGUAGCGACCGCAGCAACCUGUCUCACCACCGCCGCCGCCGCCACAAGCUCCUCCCAACGAGGGCCGUCCGCUCUCCGUUCACCAAUAAGAGAAUGCUGACCUCCCUGCAGAAGAGGACCGGCUCACCGGGCUUUACCAGGCGACUACUCAUCAACUUAAACUCUCACUCCAUGACGAUGCCAAAAUCAGAUUAUCUGAAUAACUUUUCUCACAAGAUCCAUCACAAUUUGAACAGCAGUGAGAACUUGGAUGAGAAUGACCGUCACAACAGAGGUGCUAAUGGUUUCACUUUUACUAACCCACUGGACCAGUUGUCUACACUUGCCGGCCAGUUAGCAGACCUCCAUCCUCGUGCAUCCCCAGACAGAGAGUCCUUUAAAGACGAGAAGCCCAUCAUCAUUCACCAGAUCUCUAGUGAACCUAUAGCGAUGUGUUCAAAUCAAGUGCAGACUUCACCUCCUAAAAAUGAAUCUCCCACCUCAGGCUGCAGGAGUUACAGUCCUGUUCCCGGCCUGGGCUUUGACAACAGCAUGCACACUCUUACUGCGAGUGUUAGCAGCCAGCCGAGCUCACCCCCCCCUGCCCUGACCACAUCCGAGCAACUGCUGUUAAAUAAAUGCGAGCACUGUGAUAUUCACUUUCAGGAUUAUAUCCUCUACACCAUUCACAUGGGCUGCCAUGGUUACGAGCACCCAUUCCAGUGUAACAUCUGUGGGCACAUGUGCACUGACAAAUACAACUUUUCAUGCCAUUUUGCCCGUGGACAACAUAAAAAGUGAUUCCUUCAUAAUGGAGUCUUGAAUCCUUAUGUAUUGUAUUGCAUCAAGGUGACUGAUUUACAUUUUCAAUUUUUUUUCUUAUGUAGAGUUUUACAAUUCCCUUUUUGUUUUAUACUAACUUUAUUGUUGCCUUACUGCAGUUCUACAUGGCUGUAAGCUUUUCAUAUUAGUUUUGAAUGAAUACAUACAACGGGUAAACCUACCAACAGUAACAUCUUGCAACAGUAAAACACAUUGAAGCUCACUAAAUUGUCUUUUCAACUCAUCGUCAGUAUUACAUUACAUGUCACCUGUUAGAAGCUUUUAUCCAAAGCGACUUACAUACUCAAUACUGUGGGCAAUCCCCACAGGAGCAAUUUGGGGUGAAGUGUCUAGCCCAGGGACACAACGACAUGCUGACUGAAGUGGGGUUUGAACCUGUGACCCCCUGAUCCCAACACCAACGCACAACCCACUGCACCACACGCCUCCCAGUAUAAGUAAGGGCAUUGUGACCACUGUCCUUCUGUGCCAUUGCAGCUGCUUGUGUUUGAUUAUGUUGUCUCACUACUCUGCGGUGAAUUACCGUACACAUAGGCGGUUAUGUAUGAGACAUUUUUUAUGAAAUACCAACAGUGUUUAACAUUUUGAAAGUGUCAGCCAUAUCAGGAAGAUAGAUUUCAAUAUCCUUUUCUUGUUACUUAUUUAUUCCCAUAAAACAAUUUUAUAUUUAUCUUUUUUAUUUAGUAGUUUUUUCUUACACAUUUUAGGACAAAUCUAAUUUCACUAGCUGCUGUGUAUAGUAGAUGUUAAGACACUGUUGAGGUCUCUGUGACUCCAAGAUAUAAUGUGACGUAAUAAUAAUUUAUAUUUGAAUGAAUAGCUUUCUCAUUGUGUGAAUCAUGGUCUAAAGUUAAGACAGGGUAACUUGUUUGUUUGUGAUUAUCUUUGUAUGAACAGAAAGUAAACAUCUGAGCUCAAUGGGUUUUAUCUCUUUAGUCAUAAGUAUAGCAUUUGUUUACUGACCCCAUAUUCCAGUGAUGUGUAAAUUGGAAUACAUUGUCUUUGUUUGACUUAGUGCCACAAUCACCAGCAAAAGUACAUUUAAUGAACAUGAAAUAUUUACAGUGUCUUGCAUUUACUUGUGUUUUUGAAGCGAUUAAAUCUGCCUUUGUGAAAAUUCAAA